ACGUUCCUGUGUGUUGUUGUUGGGCAGUGUCCACGUAGUGCAAAAUCAGACAUGUCUGCUGUUUUAAAACAUUGAAAGCCGUGUCAAAUAAGCGAUACGGAUUAAUUACAACACAGCAGCACCCUCUCACACAAACACACACACACACACAUACAAUCAGGCUAAACGCAACUGAGACUCUCUCACUCCGCCCCGCAGGAAAGCACAGCACAAGUCAAGAUGUUCAUUUGGGACUGGUUCACGGGUGUGCUAGGAUACUUAGGUCUAUGGAAAAAGUCUGGCAAACUAUUGUUCCUUGGACUGGAUAAUGCUGGUAAAACCACAUUAUUGCAUAUGCUCAAAGAUGAUAAAUUGGCGCAGCAUGUACCAACACUGCAUCCAACAUCCGAGGAGCUGUCCAUUGGCAAUAUGCGCUUCACUACCUUUGACUUAGGUGGACACACUCAGGCACGCCGAGUGUGGAAGGAUUAUUUCCCAGCUGUGGACGCUAUUGUCUUCUUGAUAGAUGCCUGGGAUCGUGGCCGCUUCCAAGAGAGCAAAAACGAGCUGGAUUCGCUGCUCACGGAUGAGGCGCUCUCCAAUUGUCCCGUGCUGAUAUUGGGCAACAAAAUUGAUAAGCCCGGUGCAGCCAGCGAAGAUGAGCUGAGAAACGUGUUUGGACUGUAUCAGUUAACGACCGGCAAGGGCAAGGUAGCACGCUCGGACUUGCCUGGUCGCCCAUUGGAAUUGUUUAUGUGCUCGGUGCUGAAGCGACAGGGCUAUGGUGAGGGAUUCCGUUGGUUAGCGCAGUAUAUUGAUUAAGUCAUCUUUAACAAUAACAAACAUUUCAACUACAACUACACAUAAAUCUUAAAUUUUCGGCUGCAUAAAUUUAUAAACAGACAAAAACAAACAGAAGAAAACCCCGACAGUAAGCAUAACGAAGCUGUGUGCGCAAUUUCUAACUUAUACACAAUUCUAUAAAAAUAAUAAAAACAAAUUCUUAAAACAA